AUGAACGACUGGGUCAAGCCCGCCCACCGUCUCUGCGUCGAAAAGUACUCGAAAAACAAUUUCCAACUCAUCGACCAACUCUCCGCACACGCAAAACAAAUAGCACAGGCGUUCGACGUCCUCAUUCCACUCUAUCAAAGUUUUCACACAAAACUCGAAAAGCUCCGAAUAACUGCCCCAAAGUCACAGUCACCCACUUCUGUUUAUAGAGAGCUUUGCGCCGUCUCCGACACCGAUAAUGACUUGGUAGAGUUAUUCAAAGUUAUGGAGACGUCAAUGAAUACACUCUCCGACGCACUGAAACCAACAAACACGUGGGGCGAGACGUACUCGUCCUUUGAAGAUUACGCAAACCAACAGAAACACAUGAUUUCGAAUAUUGUGACUUUCACAUCUUUCUCUGGGUAUAUGAACUCCUUGAAAAAGGCCACCGUGCAAAUGAAAAACUUUGCGGACCACUUGGGCGAGGAGAAUUUGCAACAACUUGAGACGGCGUCAAAGUCCGUUGUGGAAGAACGAGCGUCGUUGUUACGAGUCGACCAAAAAACAACCGACAAUGAAAAUGAAGGGGUCCCUCACAACUUCCAAAGAGCUAUGUAUGCCCUCUAUUUCACUCCAAGAUCAUUGGAAGGUGUAUUUAGACAGUGCGCUGAUACAACUGUAUUGAACGACUGCAGUAAUUUGAUUGGGGUGUUGGAUAUUCAAACAAUCGAUAACGUUUGUCUGUCGGGCGUCAUAAGAAAGUUCCUAAGAGACGCAGACGCACCUGUUUGGCCGUCUUCUUUGUUGCAGAAUCUCUUGACCAUCACUAAAAAGUAUGAGAAAGACCAAGACAUGUGGGUCGAUAACGUCCAACAACUCACCUGCCGUUUUCCAAAGAGAAACAGUGAAAUUCUAAAACAUGUUUUAGCGUUAUGUGGGAAGAUCAUAUCGAAUCCGGAAUCCAAAAUGGACGGCUACAACAUUUCGGUGUGUCUAGGACUAUCUGUGUUGGUAUCAAAAACCGAUUUACAAGCUGCCCUUGAAGCUCCAUUAAUCAUAAAAACUUUUGAGUUAUUCAUCCAGAACAGAACUCGGAUUUUUACUGAUAUCGAAGACUGCUUUAAACGACGCCUCUCUGACGUUUUCACCCCACCGAUUUAUCACGACAUCUUCUAUAAUAAAAGGGAAAGUAUUUACUUUAAACGCCACAAUCCUAGAACUAGCGAUGGAGGGAAACUUCGAUUCAACAUAGGGAACAAAACCAAAUCUGUUUCAUUGUCCAAUUAA